AAGGCAUAAUGUACAAACUACUCCCUCUAGAGGGACGCGGAAAAGUUAUACCAUUCUUUAAAAUAAGCCCGAUUUAUGUUUUUUUUUAAAUGAAUCUAAUUUUAUUAUAUGCAAUUGGUCAUGAGUGGCUAUUUUUAUUUUAUAUUUUCGAACAGGAAAUUGAACGCCCCAAUCGAGUUGGGGGACUUUGCUCGGUGAAGAUAGGCAGCGCCAGGAGUGAUUUGGAGGCCGUGGGUUAUUCGAAGAACGAUGAGCUGGUUAAUGUUCAGCCGUGCGGCGGGGCCCAGAGCUCUGUGUGCUCUCCUCUCCGCGCACUCCAGUGUCGCUCCCUUUAGACUGUCUUCAAAAAUGACGUCACAGACCCAGUGGUUAACCCCAGAGGAAAGGGAACAGCUUCUACCAGAAUUAAAAGCAGCCGGGUGGGAAGAAGUUGAAGACAGAGACGCGCUUUUUAAAGAAUUCUCAUUUAAGAAUUUUAACCAGGCCUUUGGGUUUAUGACACGUGUGGCUUUACAGGCAGAGAAACUGAAUCAUCACCCUGAAUGGUUCAAUGUGUACCACAAGGUGCAGAUAACUCUUUCGACACAUGAUUGUGGUGGUCUCUCCAAGAAAGAUGUCAAACUGGCAAAGUUCAUCGAACAGGCAGCUUCUUCAACAUGCUUCAUUAAUCAACACAUCUCAAAAACUGAGAACAGUGGUGGUCUGCAGACCAUUGUGGUCCAUGGGCUGGCCCAAAAUGCAAGUCACUGAUGUGCAACGCUGUGCCAAGGCCAUGCAAACGAACACGCCAGAAUCCUUGUUCCCACCACUCAUGUGAUCUCACACAGCCAGACUGGUUUCUGCAUGCCCGGCAUGAGUUGUCAUAAAUAUAAGCAACAGUAAUUUAGUUUUGGAAGCAGGAUUUAUGUUGCUGUUGAUUUUGUUUGAUUAUUAUAGAAGUAAUAGAAAAUAAUACUUGUGAUUUUCUAACACAUUGGAAUGUUUCAAAGUGUUCUUUUGUAGAAUUAAAAUUUUUUAUAUGAAAAUGUAUAUACUUUUGUUUCUGCAUGAAUUAAUUUGCUUGUGAUAUUUAAUAAAAUGAAUGUACAUAAGUUCAUUA